AUGACAACAACAGUCACAGCCUGCGAGCUGCAGCUGUUCCCUGGAGGACACCCUGCGGUUCGCAAGCAGUACCCGAUCCUUCUACACGGCCACUCUCUUUCCAACAAGCCCUUCGAGGGCACGCUCAAGAACCAACACGAUCCCUCCUCUCACAUCCACACCUGGUCAAGCCAACCAUCUGCGAGGACCAUCUCGCUCGUGCCUACUCUCUCUUACUUUGCAUCGGCAUCUGACACUACCACGGACCUGCUGGAAGCCGAAAUCAACGCAGCCUUCGACAAGCAUGCUUCCGUGGAUCUUCAGCGCAAUGGCUCCUACAGCAACACCUCUGUCGACUCUGACGACACUCUGAUCGCUCUCAAGACCCCUCAUCACAGCGAUGACGACGCAGACUAUCGACGCCGUAGCGUACACUUCCUCGAAGAGGCUCGCCAGAAUACGCCACGACACGAAGUUCCCGAAUCUGCUUCUCGACCCUCCAACGGCGUACUGUCCUUCGAUCCUAGUUCUGGCCACACAGUCUCUCUGCGGGAUCAGGAUCCUGCUCCAAUCGUCCAUGUCGACGACUCCGACGCAUCCUCUGACAUCAGCGAACCCUCCGAUCUCGCUGCCCGCGACGACAUCUUCUCUUGUCUCCAGCUCAAGAAGCACCUCAGCUCCAUCGACCAUGCCAAAUUCGCUCCCGACGCCUUCCUCAAGCUGAUGGACGAUUACGAGACGCAGCUCUCCUUGUUUCUCUCUAUCUCCGAGAAAGUCCUCGAAGCACUACAGGCGGCGACGGGUGAUCGACCCUCAAAGCUAGAGCAGCGCGUGAUAGCCGCUAUCCGCCGCACGAUGUCUUACGGCCUCGAGUCGAUGAUCAUGCUUUCGUGGUUCCGCGAGUACAAGAUCGAUCAAGCGAGCGCGUCUGUUCGCUCAGCCAGGGACAUCAACAGCUACGGGCCAAAGUCAGCCGCUAAUGUCAUCUCCGCACCGAGCCAUGUCACGAAGGGCUCCCACGACCCUGCUCGAGGAGCUUGCGGUAUCUCCCUCGCGCCUAGUGGCUUCGCGUCUUGCACCCGCGCCUCGUCCCAGCGCUACGACCGCGCCGGUAUCAAUGCCAAACGUCGAUUUCAGAGCGCCUGGAACACCAGUAUCGACUCGGACAUCACUGUGUCUCCCACUGUCGACUCUCCUGCAUCCCCGCACACACCCGCCUCAAGCAGCGCAUCCAAGGCGCUCAGCCUGCAGUCUUUCCUGCUCGAAGACGCGGCCUCGUUCCGUUCCGCCGAGCCUCGUCCAACGCCGACCAAGCGCUUGUCGCUGCGCAAGAUCAAGACGAGCCUGCGUUCCGUCACGUCGCCGACGGCCUCUCCCGCUGGUCAAUCCGGACGCGGCGUUCGUUCCCAGUCGGACCCCGUUCAGCGCAACGCUUUCGACCCGGCUACGCUCCGCGAAACACGUGUGCACGAGUCGCAGCACUACGUAGCGGUCGGCAGCACCCGCUUUGGCGAGUUUGAAGCGGUCCAGCCGCCCAUUAAGCGCCCGUCGAGGGUGCGAUCGUUGCUUCGAGCGGUGUCUUCGUAG